CUGGGUACCAGCUUGAUUCAGCAGCGCAGCCGGUGGGGCCCGGGGCUAGGAGAAGGAGAAGGAGUCAGCUUGCCGGAAUUUUGCAGAAGUAGUUUUCAAAGAAGAAUAAGCAGAAAAAAAGAAAGGAAGAGGGAACAGAAGGAAGAGAGACAGAUACAAGAUGAAACCCUGUCAAAAGAUUGAAGGAAAACCAGAAAAUGAGAGUGAACCAAAACUUGAGGAAGAGCCAAAGCCUGAGGAAAAGCCAGAGGAGGAGGAAGAGCCAGAGGAGGAGGAAAAAACAGAAGGAACUUUUAGAGAAAGGCUGAUUCAGUCUCUCCAGGAAUUUAAAGAAGAUAUACACAACAGGCAUUUAAGCAAGGAAGAUAUGUUUAGAGAAGUGAAUGAAUUAGACGAGAUAAGGAGAGUAAGAAACAAACUUAUAGUGAUGCGUUGGAAGGUUAAUCGAAACCAUCCUUACCCCUAUUUAAUGUAGUUUACCUUGAUUUUUAUUUUUUCUGAUGUUAACAUUACUUUCUUUUGAUUUGCGU